AUGGCACAACCCGAUCUCACGUCGCAUCACGUCAAUUACCUAAUAUGGAGGUAUGCAACUAAAUCGUUCACAGGUCAUGGUGAGGCUGCACUCACUCUCCAGCGCGCGUGGAAUCAUGACCCGCAGAGUUUGCCGUUUGCCCCGUACAUAAAAACUCAUGCUCUAGUGUCCCUGGUUCAAAAGGGUCUGCAAUACUAUGAACUAGAGCAUUCGCUCGACAGGGAUGGAAAUCCUACGUCGUUCACAUCCUCUGAUUAUUUCUUCGGGCCAACGCCGCUGGAACCCGAAACACAAAAGGGUCAAAGUGGCCCCGGGGAGGUAGGCGUUGGCACAGACCAGGCGCCUGUCUCGCCUACAAGCAAAGUUCCGCGAGAUGGCGGCGUGAUCAACGGUCACUUGACAGCCGAGGCCGCCGCCGCCGCGGCAGCGGCACCCCAAGCUACCCCCAGUGUUAAGAAACCGCGCAAGAGCGGAGAACUCAACGGCGAUGAAAUGGCUAUGGAAAUUGAUUCAAACGGAGUGUCGACUGAAAGCAAACCAGCAGCAGUGGAUGAGUCGCCUCCGACAGCCGACAUGGUGGUGGAUGGUGACGGUGAUGUGAGCAUGGACAUCCGACCGGAUUUGCAGGACCAGGAACCAGCCCCAGCCCCAGCCCCGGUGGCGCCGACCUUCACGUUAACCACCGGCCACAGCGUUGGCGUCCAGAUCACCCCCGCCAAGGCCGCCGACCUUGGACCCGACACCGCCAUCCUCGAUGUGGCUAGUGAGGAUCACGUGACUCGCGCCCUCUGGCGCCCCAAGGACCCUACCGUCGUGGUCGCAGCCGGCGAUAGCUUCUGCAGCUUGUGGAGGCUGUCGUCGACCUCAGUUCCGGUGCAGGAGAAACUCGUGGAGAACAAGGGGGAUAGCGCCUGUGUUUCGGCAGUUGCUUGGGACCCUUUGGGCCAGAAGCUGGCCGUCGCAACCUACAACGACAUGCGAGGCUCCAUCACCAUGUACGAUGUUUCGGGAAAUGCCGUUGAUCUACUUCCCGAGGUCCCUCGGAUGAUAACUGGUCUGCAUUGGGCGGAGAGCGGAUCCCAUCUGAUUGUGGUCGCUUCGGACAGCAGAAUCUCCGAGCUGGCUCUCUGGGACGACUCCCUACGACCGGACGAAUUUCCCUCCCCUCAAGUUGUCGACGGAUCGGUCUUUGACCUUUGCUGGCUGGGCCCCCGUCAGGCUUUCGCUUGCGGUAAUGGGACGGUCUAUCAGUGUGAGGUCGAUUCAAGCAUCCAUAUCUCCAAGACAUUCUCGUCGAGCGACCCUGACCGGCCCUGGACAUUCAUUCGCUGUGCUAAUUCCGGAACUUCUUCCGUGGCAGUGACUGCAUCCUCUGCCAAUGCUACUAUAUGGGUUCCUACCCAUGACAUGCAUCUUGACGGCGCGCAUGAGGGCGAUAUCACGGCAAUCGAGCUCAAGCCCAACAUGGAACAGCAGGCAGGACAGAUUGCACAACCUCUUGUUUUGGCCUCUUCGUCCACCGAUGACACAGUCAAAUUAUGGCAGCUCGAUCUGGAGUCCAAACAGUUCAAUUGCAUUCAUCGUUUGUUUCUUGGUCCGUCGUCACCGGCUCUUGCCAGCACCUUUUCCCCCGAUGGAUAUGCCCUUGCCGCUGCCAGUAAGGAGGGCUUGUUCAUCUGGAAUGCACAGCGCGGUGGCACUGCGCUAGCCACAUGGAAGGCGCCAGGCCCCGUGGAGAAAAAAGGGGAAGAGGAGCCUAGUCUCAUUGUGAAUGGGCACAAUGGCACUGCGGAGUCGGUGCCGGAUCGCAGCCUAGCAUGGGAUACUGAUGGCAAAAAACUCGCUUUCGGUUUUGGCAACCAGUUGGCCAUCGUAAACCUGCAACGCUGA